GUUGCCCUCUGCCUGGCAGAGGAAAGCGACACGCUGGCCGAGAAGGAGGUCCCAGCCAGCCUCACCCAGAUCCAGAGCAAGUACGCCUACUUCCGGCCCUGCAUUCAGACCGAGCUGGAGCAUGACGACCCCAAGAGCGUCCGUGAGAUCUUCCUGCAAGGUUGGAAAAUUGAAGAGAAGAUGCUGGGUGUUUUCAGCAAGUGUCUGCCCGCCCUUGCCAACCUGCAGGCUGUUCACCUCUGGAAGGUCGGCCUGACGGAUCUCUCGCUCCUCUCUCUGAUCGCUAUCCUACCAAACUGCCCCACCCUCAAGACACUAACACUGGAGGGGAACCCGUUAGCCGAGGGGUCCUUCUACAGGCUGAUUGGAGAGGAGAGCACGCUGGCUCACGUGUCGCUGAGAAACAAUAACAUCGGUGACGCCGACGCCAAGCUGAUUGGCCAAGCCCUCUCCACGCUGAAGUCCUCCAACAAGAUCUUGGUCUCGCUGACCCUCAGCUUCAAUCACAUCUCGGACCUGGGGGCAGGCUACAUCGCGGAGGGCUUGCGGUUGAAUCGCUCUCUACUGUGCCUGUCUCUGGCACACAAUCAGAUCGGAGACCAGGGAGCGCUCAAGCUCGCAGAGGUUCUGGGACCUUUCGCUUUAACUCACACCGAAGUCGUGGAGAGGAGGCGACUUUUACUGGAGAAGGAAUCCCAGGAGCGGUCCCGGUCGCCUCUGAGACAUGCAGAUGCCAAAAGCAGCGAGCGUCCCUCCAGCCUCGUCAGCAACACCACCAUCGACAAGCUGCAGGCGGCCAAGCAGAGCAAGAGCGGGUCCAAGAAAAAGGAGCCUUCGAAGAAAGAGGAGAAAGCUCAGGCCGGCGCUGCAGGUGGCGGGGGGGGCGGGGGCGGCCCAGGCUUUGCGCCUGCGAAGAAGGAGGAUGCUAAACAAGCCAAGAAAAUGGUUUCCACCCCGGAGCAAAAAGUUGUUCGAGGCAAAGGAGCCAAAUCGGGCGCCAAGGAGAAGCGCAGCCUGCCGCCGGAGUUGGAGGUGAUGGAGCCCACCGAGAUCGUGAACCCACUGCUGGAACAGGCCGAGCACCGUGAUGGGAAGGUCUUCCUGCCAGGCAACCGCGUGCUCAUCAACUUAAACCUCACCUGGAACCAGAUCACAGAGCAGGGCCUGAAAGCGUUCCUGGCAGCCAUGGAGAGCCAGCAGCAGGCCAGCAAGGCCACGGCUGGGGUCAAGUGGCAGAUGGGCCUACUGCGGCUGUCUCUGGGGAAAAACCGCUUCCCCGCUGAGAGCAAGACCUUUGCCAGGCUCCAGGAGCUGAUGCUGCCGCGCGACCCCACCUACAGGCAGCUGCCCAAGGCGCCGGACGAGGAGCUGGCUGCGCCCAGCUAGAGGCUGGAGGGGCGAAAGUGUCCGCUCACUCGAGAGUCCCGCGGCCCUGGAGAGCGCCGGGGCAGCCCCCCCUUGUGUGGGAUUUCUGAUCCCCUCCGCCUCUGGCCCAGCCCAGCCUGUAACCGUUCCCGCCUGCCAUUAAACAGCUUUGACAGCCUGCUCUGGGGUGGGGGGCUGGAGCCCUCUACCCCCACUGGAAUUCAGGCUCUUUUUCUACAGCCAGGGCUCCAUCCACGCAGGGGCUGUGGCAAUGGGGAGGAAGCGCCUACCUGGGCCUCCAGGGUCAGAGGCAGUGACCCCAUAACGGCGUGGUCCCAAGAGCGCUGAGCCCCCUCCCCGCCAGGCCACUCGCUAACCUCUCCUCUCCCGCGUUCCCAGGCCGAGGGCCUGCAGGCUGGGGAGAGGGAUGAGGGCAUGCUGCAGUGCCCACAUCAGGGGAGCCGGUGCUGAGAGCAGAAGGGAGCCGGGACGGGCGCCCCCCCAAUGUAGACACGGUCCAGUCG